AUACUGUUGAUUACCAUAUGGGGGGAGGUUCAUUGUGAACAAAAACUACACAGCAGGUUUCAUCUUCAUCAGCUGCUGCAGCUCUGCAGUCAUGACUGCAUUAACAUCAGCACGUUUUGUGGCUUUGUUCGCAUGUUCAUGGAUCUUGGUUUUGUGUCAAGAGACACAGGAGGUGAUGGUGAAGCCUGGAGAGGACGCCACUCUUCAGUGUCAGAGUCACAGAGGGGCUGACAUCACAGUGAUAAAGUGGAUCAGACCUGACCUGAAGUCAGAUGAUGGUUUUGUCUUCUUCUUCAAAGACGGCCGCUCACAUGAAAACUACCAGCAUCCAUCUUUUCAUGGUAGAGUGGAGCUGAGAGAUCCAGAGAUGAAAAAUGGAGAUGUGAUUUUGAAGAACGUCACCACCAACAAUACUGGAACAUAUGAGUGUCGGGUUAGAGAGGAAAACAGUCCGGGCAAAGAGGAACUCAUCAGCACCAUCAGGCUGACAGUGACAGAGCCAGGUCACACAGCUGGACACAAGGAGGGAGGAGACAAGGAGGGAGGAGACAAGAAGGGAGGAGACAAGGAGGGAAAUGUUGGACUGAAAGUUGGUCUGCUAGUUGGUGUGAUUUUUCUUCUUCUUCUUCUUCUUCUUGGGUUUGAAUGCUGCAAACAUCAACUGCCUAUGUUCUUCAAUUCUUUAUUGGGUGUGAAUUCUGGAAACAGUCGCAGCCUAUGUUCUUCAACACCUUUAUUCCUCUUUUUAUUAUUCCUCCGUCACACUUUUUGGCGUGUCUCUCCUCCCACAGUUUUUGAUGUUUAAACUCAGAUCACAUCAAUCGUUCAGUUCAAUGAGGACAUUAUCAUUUUAUAGUGUUUUUUGUGAGUUAGAGUGACAUUUUUGGUAGAGCCUUGGAAAUUUUCUUAAAAUGUUUUUUAACUUGCUGCCCUGACCACAAGUUUCACUCUUCAUGCAUCAUUGAACACCAGAAAUGUAGAAAAUCUUGUGCUGGUUCCUCAUAUAUUAGUCCAUCUGAAUUAUACAUUUGGAUAAGUGUGCUUCCAAUUGACAGGAGUGACACUUAACUCAUCCAUUAGCAGCAAUUAUAAUUGAAAUUUCUGGACAAAAGCAGAACUUACCAAUCUGAGGACUCUAUGAAAUGCUCACAUUUUUUAACUUUAUCCACACUGAUUAUUUAUAAUUUGUUCACAAAUGCCUUCUGCUGCUGCUGGUGAGGUCAUUUCACAGAUGCAACCUUUUGUUACAAGUGUUAACUUGUUACUGAAUUGCAUAACUGAAAUGUCAGCAGGUAAGGUGGGAGACUGCUGGAGGCCUCCUCCAAUACAGUCUAGCAUGCCAAAAACCUAUAGCAAUUGCCAGCUACUGGGGUUCAUGUCCCCUGUGAAAGAAUGUCACAGGGGCUCUGUCUGUUUCUGGCAGCCGUCCACUGUUGACACUUUCCACAUCUUUGACACAAUUUUACCACAAUAUAAGUUAAGUAACAGUCCUGCUUUCAAAAUGUUACUAUAGUCAAAGUACAAAUAAUUAGGUCAUUUUAACUACUUAACAUAAUGUUAGCAGUUAAAUCUAAAUCAAUGUGUUAUAUAUGUAAUCUGCGGAGUAUUUUUUUCACAUAUUUGCAAUAAGGAAACGAGUAGCUGUUGAAUGCUGCUCUGAUCCGGAAUCAAAAGCAGCUCAACCAACAACACCAACAACAUACCAGAGCACUGGCAACGGUCCAGGUAACAGGUUGAUUACACGCAAGAGUUAUGUCCUCAGGGAGUACAUCUCCAGAGCAUUUUUGACAGUCCAGUCUGACUAUUUACAGUGUAACAGAGACUCUAGACCUCAUAGCAGUUAUUUUGUUGACUUUUCGACAGCAUCCUGCUUCUAAAACAGAUGUAACUGAGAUCAUUAAAUCCUGAUUAAAAACAGGAUAAUUGACCUUCCUUAACUGUAUCUCCCCAGAGGAAAAAUCUUUUGCUCAGAAAAGUAUUUUCUUUAACUCUUGAGAAAACACUAAGAUCUUAAUAGUAUUUCCUUUUGAGAUCAC